AUUGGCUUUAAAACCGUUUCACCAUCUGGUAACACUGUAGCCAAAAUAAAAGGGAAAUAAUUUUGUGACACGGAUACGACGAAAUGGAUUUCGGGGCGCUGCUGCACUACGCGAAGAAGAAAAACGAUGCGGCCACCAAGGACGAGGCCACCGGGCAGGGCAAAUACUACAGCACCAAGUAUGCGCCGCCCAAGAAGGAGUCCAAGGAGUCCAAGCAGCUGUCCAACAACAUCCAGAAGUUCCUGCGCAAGAAGGAGGCCGAGGAGGCGGAGCGAAAGCGCGAGGAGCGCCAGAAGCUCAACGAGCUGAUGGCCAAAAGGGACGAAAAGUCCAAAAAUAAGAUAAGGAAAAUGCUCAAGGUGACCAAGUCGGCGAAUAAGUCGGUGCUGGAGGAUGCCAAGGAUGGGGGCGGCGAUGGAGGAGACGCUGCCCACGAGGCGGGCGAAGGGCAGGGCGAUGACUAUGGCUAUGUGUCCAACGAGGCGAAUGCCUUCUACGAAAAGUACAUCGAGAAGGUGCGCGAUGUGCAGGAGGACAAGGGCUUUGCGCCCAGCCGACCGCAAUCCCUGCGAGAUCUCUCGGGGACCAAGGAGCGCGUCAAGGCGGCCAUCACCAGGGAAAGGGAGGAGGCCAGGAGUCACACGCGUCAGAGGAGCAGCAAUAGCACUCCCUCUUCCAGCAGCUCCUCCUCCAAAUCCAAGGAUCCCAGCGUGGCCCGCUCGUAUAGCACCUCGCGUACUCUGUACGAUCCGGAGGCCGAGCGGCGGGAGGAGGAGCGCAAGAAGCGGCUGGAGGAGGAGCAGCGCAGGGCCAAGGUGAAGCGACCAGCUCAGCCGCCGCCCAUGGAUUUCCAGGCCCUGCUUCGCCUGGCCGAGAAGAAGCAACAUGAACCGGUCGUUUUUGAACCCGAAAAGAAGAAGGAAACGGAGCGCCUGCUGUCCGCCAGGGAGAAGCGCGAAAUGGAGGAGCGACAGCGGCUGAAGGAGCAGCGCGCCCUGCGCGACAAGAUGCGGGAAGCGGAGCCAGCCAAAGCCGCAACCAAUCGCAUGGAGCCCAACGGACGCAUACCCAAGCUGAAUCAAGGGAAGCCGGCGACGAAUCCCCCCAGUGAUGGCUUCAAAAAACCCUCAGCAGCGCCAGCGAAGGGCAGCUCCAGCUCCUCUAGCUCCUCUAGUUACAAUUCCCAUUCCUCUAGCAACCGCAGUCCCGCCUCAAGUACAAAACCCGCCGUCGCCGCUAGUAAAACAGCUCCCUCCGCUAAGCCAGGAGUAACUGCAUCCGCAGCGGCGGCGGGUAAAAGCAGCUCCAGCAGUUCUAGUAAAGCGACCGCUCCAACUCCCUCCAAAAAUCCCUAUGCGGCGGCCAUUAAAAACGGAGCUGUGCGGGAGUUUCCACCCAGGGAUCGACCUGCUGCUGCUCCUGCUGCUCGUCCAGCUGCUCCGGCGGGCAAAACGCGACCAUUUCCGCCAGCAGAUGUGCAGAGAUCCUCAAGCGGCAGGCAGUUUCCACCAGCGGAUGUCCAGAGAUCCUCGGGCGGCAGGCAAUUCCCGCCAGCGGAUGUCAAGAGACGGAAACCACAAGAGCAGCCGGGCAAUAAAAGACGCAUUUACGACGACGAGGAUGAGGACGAGUACGAUUCGGAGCUGGACGACUUCAUCGAUGAUGGCGACUGCGAAGAGGAUAUAUCGUCGCACAUUCGCGACAUUUUCGGCUAUGAUAAGCGGCGAUAUCGCGGACUGGACGACGAUGACCGGGGAAUGGAGUCCAGCUUUGCGCAAAUGCAGCGCGAGGAGUUCAUCAGCAAGAAGCUGGGAAUGCAGGAGGAUCUGGAGGAUAUGCGCAUGGAGGCGGCGCACAAGAAGCAAAAAAUGGCCAAAAAGCGAUGCAAGCGCAUCGACGACGACGACGAUGAUUAGUUCGCUGUCCUGCAAAUCUCAAAUAUCCGAUGCUGAAUCCAGGAGCUGUGCCUGUUGAGUUUAUUUACCUACAUAUAUAUAUAUAUAUCUGGAGAUAUUGUUUAGUUAGUUAUGUGCCCUAGUUUACCAUAAGCAUACACAAAAACACACACGCGGUAUGUGCGCCUAUAUAUAGACCAUCUAUAAUCAUCUAUUUUUGCUAUCUAAAAACGGAAACUUACAGAAAAUGAAGCUAACUUCGGCUAGCCGAUGUCGUAAUAUUAUAAAUAUACCAACGAAAAGGGUAUAAAUAUAUAUAUUUCACUUUUGCUUCGCUUCACAUAAGAAUGCAAAUGAAAUGCGUCGAAUUAAUCGACCGCAGGGCUUUGAACCUUUGUGAAAAAAAAACGCUUUGUUGCCUUGAAAAGUGUCAUUCUCAAAAUCAAAACCAGUUUUUACCCUAUAUUUGGUGUAUUCUUUUUUUCUUAUUUCUUUUCAUUUGCCAAUCCAAUUUUACAUGUACAUUUAGUUAGGCCCAAAAUAAACCUUAAUAGAUUCAAUUGAA